GGUGGGCGACGGUCGCCUCUCCUCUUCCAGGCCUGCAGGGAGGAGGCGGACGCCGUCCUUUUGCUCUUCUCCUUCACCGACCGCGCGUCCUUCGAGGAGCUGCCGGCGCGGAUGGCACGUGUGCUGCAGCCCGGCGAGGACACGCUGCGCGUGGUGGUGGGCACCAGAUUCGACCUGUGUCCCCACACUGCUGUGACGGAGUCGGACGUGGCUGCCUUCGAGGACAGCUGGGGGCUGCGGGUGCUGCGGGCAGGGGGUUCUGGGGUCGGCCGGGGGGGUCUGGCACGGAUGGCCCCACUGCUGGAUGCCCUGGUGGGGCAGCUGUGGCAACGAGACCAGAUGGCAGCUGGUGUCAUCCCAGAGGGUCAGGGGGCCCCCGAGGACUGAACCCCAUUUUGGUGGGGGGUUCUGUGUUUUGGGGGCGUGGGAACCCCUCACCGUGGCGUCUGGGCUCCCCCUGCCAUUAAACAGUGUUGGUUU